AACCAGCUGACAAAGUCUGUGUCCAUUUCAAUCUGGUGCUUUAUCCAAUAAUGACAUGGGAUUAAAACCAACAACCUCAGGAAUUAGUAGAACACUGCUCUCUACAAACUGAGCCACACUUUUGAUUACAAGAAAUAAAUGGAUUAUAUUUUCAUCCAAUUAUAAUGGGGAUACCGAUUCAGACAACCAGCUGCCCAAGUCCUGUCCCUUUCAGUCACGUGUGAUUGAUCCAAAAAGUACACAAACUUCACUGUUUUUUUGUCUCUUCCUCACCAUCAAUUUCAAGAGUUUUGUCUCCCACAAUUUUCUUUUAUUGGAGUGUCUCAUUAUCAUGCUUUUUACAGUCUUUGAGAAAAGAAAAAUGACAAAGGUUUUAAUUUUAUGAAAAACUGCUGUCAGUACCCAGAAAAGCCCGUUCUUGUUUGAGAACCUUCCGUUAAACUCUGCUGUCUGGCAAAUCUGCAAAAAGUACCUUUUACAAGCAGCGAGCGAUGUUAUCGCUAUUAUUAUUGUUGGGCUGUUCCUGAAGGACACCGUGCCUUUGUAUUAGAUUCAUAUGUGAAUAAUGUGUCAAAGAAAGCUCCUUUUGAAGCUGAGGAGCGGAAGAAACCUCUGCUCCUCAAAAAGCAAAGAACAUAAAUGCAUGUCUGAGGUUUGCCCGACAACACCUGGGUGAAGAACAACACCGCUGAAGCAAAGUAUUCUGGACAGCCGAGUCAAAGGUGGAGUUGUUUGGCCGUUAUCCCAGGCGUUGUGUUUGGCGAAAACAAAAUGCUGCCUUCGAACAGAACCACCCGCAACCAAAUGCAAAGCAUUCUGAAGGGGACUGAUUUGAUGCCUCUUUUUCCAACUUGUUGUCAACCAAGAGUUUCACAUUGUACCAGAUAAUAAUUAAAGGAGACUUUGAACCAAAUAAUUAAUUAAAGGAGGGCCUCUUAACAAGCUAAACUUAAAAUGUAUCUUGAAACAGGACCAAAAGGCAAAACGAGUUGAAGAAAUGUGUCCGGACAGAUUCACAGCUAUCUUAACCCUAUAGCCAUGCUGAGGAGGUAUAAUGGCAGAAAGUGCAUGCCACAAUGCCCUCAACUGAUGUACAAUACAGAAAGAAACAGAAAAUAAAUGCUUUCUGGAAAGUCAUACCACAUCGGUCAAUACCAGCUAUUUAAGUUAGGGGUAUGCUGAAUAGGAUAUUGCAAUUUUCUUUUCUUUUCCCUAAUAAUUUAAAAUAUUUGUUAGGUUAUCUGUUAAAUAAUGUCUAGGUAACUUGCAUGUCAGCCCAUGCAACUGGACUUCAAAGUGUGGGUUUGUACUUUUGAUUCAGUCAUUUCCCUUCUGAUUCACCCACUUCCCUUCUUCCUUAAAAAGCCAAAAUAAAGGAAACAUCUUACUGGAGAUCACAUAACUAUGGUUGUCCCAAAUUACACUCUCAUCCCUAUAGGCCUGGUCGAAAGCAGAACUCUAUGUAGGGAAUAGCAUACAAUUUGGGAAGGAAAAGUGGUGACCAGCGCAUUCCCCAGUCCUGAUAUCGCAUUCUUACGCUCUGGUGAUGUCAUGUCUCUCUCCGCUCCAGAGUUCUAGAGGAUCGGUGUUCCCGAUUUGUAGAAAAGUACGAGGAGAGGGAAAAAAAUUGGGAGGAGUGCAAAGGGAAAUACCACUUCAGUAUGAUUGGUUGCAGGGAUUUUUCCUUAGCUGUGAUUGGAUGGCAUAAGUGUUCCAGGGAAUUCCACCCUGGCCAGUCAUAUAAGCCCUCUUUGUAAGCCUCAUGUGGACCAGAAAACAAAAAUAUUACAGCGGAGUCCUCAGUCCACCACAGCACCCUGAAGAGAAGGAAACCUCUGAUACCUUUUACUUUGGAACUUUUGGCCCUUCAACUUGAGCGUUAUGGACUUGACUUCUGGAAUGGAGAAACCCGAGGGGAACAAUACCCCGUUAGGAACACGGUUCAUAGGCCUGGAUUCUCUGCCUCAGGACAAUGUGUGAUUUCAGGAUAAAUCCUGAGGGGCGGUCAGGCUAUUUCAGAUUGGACAGUUUGGAAAGGUUAUGGCUCUCCAGCGGUCCGCAUUCCUUCUCCGCGGAAGCUGAUCCUGGACAGAUGUGUGUGGGCCAGCAGAAGCAGUGUCCAGGGGUUCAAGGGGUUCCGGUGGGGAAGGGAGCUCCAUGCUUGUCAUGUAAAGGGAUCUGCUCUGGAUUCCUCCCACAUUCCUGGAGGAAAGCGUGCGUGCUGUGUGGCUGUGGUGUGGAGGACCAUGGGCCCAGUUCUGACCUGGAGGAUGACCACAAGAUGGGCCGCCUUCUUGCAGACUCUAAAUAUGCCCAUCUGACCGCUAAGGUGAAGGGCCUCAGGGUGUACAAACGGAACCGUAUGGUGGUCACCAAUCCUGUGGUCUCCAGGAAAGACCCCACCUUCAACACCAUCACCUACGACUGGGCCCCUCCGGGACUCACCCAAAAAUUGGCCAUGCUGUACAUGGAGUUGCUCCCAGAGGAAAAGCGCCCCGUGGCAGGGACGGAGGGAGCGACGUAUCGGCGCAGGCAGCUAAUGAGACAACUACCUGCCCACGACCUGGACCCCAGUCAGUGCCAUGGGCCACUGCCGGAAGACCAGCUUCAAACCAUGGCUGCCUUCGUGAAGCUCUGCAAGGAGGAGGCUCUGGGUGUGGGGGAGGUGGCCCUGCCUGGGGAGGGCGGAGCUAAUCCUCCACCUGUGGUCAAAGGGGAUAAGCCGAAGAACGGAAGUGGGACUGGGAAAAGCACUAUUGUUCAGCCAGACCCUAUAACUACUAACACCACCAACGGCACUGAGGACUGCCGCAAAAAGAGUGAAUAUCAUUGCAGCGGGUGUGGACAGCUGGCCCCUGGCGACACCCCUGUGGUGCACGCAGAGUGGGCCGGCUACGACAAGCAGUGGCACCCGACCUGCUUCGUGUGCUCCGAGUGCCGGGAGACCCUGGUGGACCUGGUCUACUUCUGGAGGCAGGGAGAGCUGCUGUGCGGGAGGCACUACUGCCAGAGGGUCAGGCCGCGCUGCUCCGGCUGUGAUGAGCUUAUCUUCUGCGAGGACUUCCAGAAGGGGCCAGACGGCCGGGCGUGGCACCGGGACCACGACUGCUGCUGGCGUUGUGGAAAGAGUCUGACCACGCCCUGUCCGUGCAACCAGACAGCCCAAUCCGUUUAGAGUUCCUCACCGGUGCUGCGCCAUAUGCAUGACAAUGUCCUCACUGAGGGAUUUUAAACAAAUGGCCCUUUACUGGGAGGUCGAAGAAACACAUGCAUUGAAGAUGAGGUUCAGAGGUUUGAAUACUGUAAUACACAUACACUUGAGGUGAAAAGCAAUCAUUAGAAACAGCAUAAGGUCACAGGGAACACCUGUGGAGUGUUUUAUGUUAAGCACAUACGCUGAUAAAAGAGCUGGGGUGGGGGGGUUACUUUCAUGGUUAGUCUCGAAUAACGUGAGAUAUUGCAGGGACAAGCUUUCAUUGGCUUUGCCUCAGAUGUCAUGUGGUCAAUUAGGAAAGGCUGUUUAAGGCGCUUCAGCCUUACACAUUGUGUUCUUCCCUACAAGGCUUUGUCCAUUGCACAACGAUACCUCAUACACACGGCUCUGCGGCCAUCGUAAACAGAGUCCCUGACGCACUGUAGGCCUCCGUCUGGGGAAGUUCUAAAACAAAAAUGUUUGAGUACAUUCAAAUAUAACUGACCAGGUGUCCCUCUCCUAUAAAAUGGCUGCACAUCAUUUACCUGUGUCCAUGCCUGUCCACGAUACGAGAGUUUUUGUGGGGAUUGCAUCUGCAAUAUAUUGUUAAAAAGUUUAAACUUGUUUGAGAAAGUUAACUCAUUACUGAAAUAAAUUAACUGGAUAGGUUAGUUAGCUUGCUUUGCCUGUUUCAUAUAGUUGUAAAAAAAUAAAUCCCAGGUAGCACCCCCCAAGAACCAAGUUAAGUUUAAUUAUGUAAUUCUACUCAAGAAUAUAUACAUUUAAAAGAAGAAAAAAAAAAAAAAA